UCCACUCUGUGUGAUGAUCUUGCUGACUGGACUCAUCCAUGGUGCACAAGCAGAGAGACCCAAACCUGUGGUGAUUAUAACACCUGGUAAACAUGUGUUUAGUGGAGAGAAAGUGAGUUUUAAGUGUGAGCUACAGGGAGAAGGAGACACUGAGUGGACAUACAGCUGGUAUAAGAAUAAUAACAGAAAUCCCCCAUUCAGCACAACACAGGAGUUCAGCCGUGACUCAGUUACAGACUCUGACAGUGGUGAAUACACCUGCAGUGGGACGAGACACAGUGACUCUCAGAGCUCAGAGAUCAGUGAUCCUGUUACACUCACUGUAUUAAAGAGACCCAAACCUGUGGUUAUUACAACACCUGGUAAACAGGUGUUUAGUGGAGAGAAAGUAAAUUUUAAGUGUGAGCUUCAGGGAGGAGGAGACACUAAAUGGACAUACAGCUGGUAUAAAAAAGAUUCCAGAGAGCAACCAUACAGAACAACACAGGAGUUCAGCCGUGACCCAAGUAAAGACUCUGACAGUGGUGAAUACACCUGCAGUGGGAGGAGACACAGUGACUCUCAGAGUUCAGAGAUCAGUGAUCCUUUUACACUCACUGUAUCAACAAAAAAACCUGAACCUGAACUCACAUCAGAUCUUAAAGGAGCUGCACUGACAGGAAACUCAGUGACUCUGUACUGUACACUGAAGCUGCAGUCUGCUGGAUGGAACUUUUACUGGAUCACACCCACACAGAGCCGUGAGACUGAGACUGAAACACACUCCUACACCAUCAGAUCAGUUAGAGUCUCUGAUGAAGGUCGGUACUGGUGCAGAGCUGCAAGAGGAAACCCAGUUUACUACACACACUACAGUGAUGCACUCUGGGUAAAUGUUAUUGAGAGUCCUAAACCUGUGGUGAUUAUAAAGCCUGAUACACAAGUGUUCAGAGGAGAAAUUGUGACUUUCAGGUGUGAAAUAAAAACAGGAAGAGACACUGAGUGGAAUUACGACUGGUAUAAGGAUGAUAACACACUCAACCCAAACCACGCAACACAGGAGUUCACUAUCAGCCCUGUUACAGACUCUUCUAGAGGGAAAUACACCUGCAGAGGGAGGAGACACAGUGACAAUCAGAUCUCAGAGACGAGUGAUUCUGUUACUCUCACUGUAUCAGGUGAAUCUCCUCCAGUGUCUCUGAUCAUCAAUCCCAGCAGAACUCAACACUUUACUGCUGCCUCUCUCUCACUGAGCUGUGAGGACCAGAGAGACUCUACUGGAUGGACAGUGAGACGCGACACGAGCAUUCAGGCCUCUUUCAGUUGUUCAUCAGAUUCAGGAUCUCCAUGUAACAUCAGCUCCCUCUCUCCAUCACACACUGGAGUUUACUGGUGUCAGUCUGAAUCUGGAGAACGCAGUAAAUCUGUUAAAAUCACAGUACACAAUGGUGAUGUGAUCCUGGACAGUCCUGUCCAUCCUGUAACUGAGGGAAAUCCUCUGACUUUACGCUGUUUAUAUCGAAAGACAAAGAUCUCAACUAGUCUUGAUUUCUAUAAAGAUGAAUCAAUUCUCCAGAAACAGACUACAGGAGUGAUGACCAUCAAUAAUGUGUCAAAGUCAGAUGAAGGUUUCUACCACUGUAAACAUCCAGAUAGAGGAGAGUCACCAAAAAGCUGGAUUUCAGUCAGAGUAUUUCUUCCUCCAAAUCAAGCACAUGGUGUAGCUUCAUUAUCAGUUCUGAAGCUCCUCAGCAGUGCAGUAACAGUCUCUGUGUAUGUGCUGGUGACAUCCAUUCUGGCAGUGAAAUGCUACAGAGCUCGAACUGAACCUGAUGACGACAAAAGACCAUACAGAGUGAUAGAAGCUGAAACAUCUUUCUGAGUGUUAAAUGGCACGUUUUUUGUUUCACAAUUUAGCUAAAAAAAAAUUGGAUUUGGAACAUAUUGUCAGGAUUUGGAAGUGUUGUUUCAUAUUUUGGCCACUAGAGGCCAUCACAUCACUGUACUGUACUUUAAUU